AAAGUUUUUGAAAAAUAUCAAUAAUAAUAAUUUAUCGUAUCGAGAGUUUUCGAUUGUUACAUUUUAUUUGGAUUGAGAUUUAACGAAUAGUUUGAAAUAUGUAUCGAAAAUAUAUAACCGUCAUCGUUUUAACGAUUCAUUCGUGUCUAGCAGCUGUAAGCACCAAUCGACGACCAAACGAAUUAUUAAAUCCCUCACCAUUACUUAAUACAAAUUUAUUACAAUUUGAAAGUUCAAUGGGUCAACCUGUUUAUACGCCGUUAAUAAACAAGGAACAAGAAUAUUUGACAGAAAAAGCGCCAGAAGAAUGGAUUGUUACACCAAAUAAUAAUGUUAAACGUUAUCGAAACAGUGAACAUAUAAAUGAUUUUUAUCGAUCGAUUCGAUACCCACAUAAUGAAAGGAUACGAGAACAUUUAUGCAUGGUAUCACAAGUGUUAGAUGACACCGAUCCAGAAAUUAUUACCAUUAAAGAAGAAUGUCACGAAGGAAAUUUCAACAUAAUAUGGAAAGGAGAAGAACGUCGUAUGGCCUGUAAACAACAUUAUACAACAGUUAUAUUUAACAUAAAAGAUGAACCUGAAAAAGUACAGCUACGUACAGGCUGUACUGUACGAAUUUAUUAAUUAAAUGGUAACAGCAUUGAAUUGUUGAAAUGCAGGGACAGAAUUUUAAAACGCUGUAAAAAGAAGUCUCCUCAAUUUUUCCAAUCAUUAAUUUACCACCCUAAAUUACAUAAGAAGCAUUUAAGAAAAUUGAAGAAAAUUAAUUGUGUUUUAAGAUAUUUCUAUCAAAAUGAAACCGACUCAGGUCUGCCCAAUAAUGGGCCCCGACUGUUAAAGUGGCUAUGUAAAUUACUGGACUUGUUU